AUGCCUGCAGGUUCCAGCUCAAGGAAGUAUGGCUUCCACGGGCCUCUGAAUCUUGCCAUGGCCACGCUCAAUCACCCAUCUUUUUUGGAAGGUUUUCCCAUCCGACGCCACGGUACCCCACCAACCAAACCCAAAUUCAACACUUUCCUAUUUAAAGGACCUAAGCAAUAUUAUCACACCAUCAUGGACCCCCUUAUCAAGGCAGAGGCAGCUCCCUUGAAGAGUUACUGCGCCAUCGAAGACAUGCUCCACAUCCUAUUUCCCCUAUCUGAACUCUUCCCGUCUAUGCCGGGUGCUCUCCCUCAAGAAAACCCCUUGUUCACUGCCUUCAAAUGCCUUCGACAGGGAGGGCUUUACUCGUCUGAGUCAGGGAAGUGGACUGCUGCAAGUUCCUGCCCGUAUUUGACUAAACCAUGGAGCCCUGGCUCAGAAGGAGAGGUCGCAGAUUUUCUCAACUAUCUGGUUCACAGAGUUGAUCAGCUUGUGGAUUCCGGCACCUUCAAGAGGUCCAGAUGGUGGACUUCUGCGUAUGCUGUCCAAGCAGUCGGUGAUGCUGGUGGAAAGCGCCGCCCAGAUCUUAUAUUCAUAUCCUCCAGUGACACAUCUUAUCCCCCUAAGCUCCCUCCUGCAAGUAUGAGAAAUGCCGACAGUCUUGGCGAGCUCAAGGACCGAGAGGAAAAUAAAGCCUCUUUUGACAAGGUACACAAACAGCUUAUGGGAAGAUUGUCAUUUGUUAGGGCUGCACAAGAUCGACAUAUCUACACUCUAGGUCUUUCUAUACGGGGUUCUUCCUUCACUUUGCUCUACAUGGAUCAGGGUGGCUCAAUCAUUACGUUUGAACUCAAUCUUCACCAGCAACCAACACUUUUUCUUCACCUUCUCCUUGGAUUUUCCCAUGGCUCAGACAAGUGUUUGGGCUAUGAUACUGGGGCUAACCCCAAUUAUGUUCGCGUCAGCGCUUUGGGUCACAAGAUGGCAAUGGCAACCUCUGUUUCAGGCCAAGUUCCUGUGAAAGUCUUACACCGGGAUGGCUCAAUCAGCAACUCCCUUAUCAUGGAUCAAGCACUGUCUGACUGGCCCCCUUUGAAAGCUCCAGAGGGAUGUGCACCUCCCAAUACUCACAUAUGGAGGGGUUUACUUGCAGACUGGGGAUUUGCAGCUGUAUUUGAAGAUACUGAAGAGUUAGCGGAGCAUUCAGACAACUCCAAUGAACAUUCAAAUGAUGUGUCUGAAGAUUCAGACCAGGAUGACCACUAUUUUGGAUUAAAAUCUGGUGAUGUCCAGAAGCUGCAAGAUGUCUAUUCAUCGGAUUCAUUUUUAUGUCAUAAUCAACCUGAGUGGACGUUGGAUGUUGCAGAGGGUACUCUUGAUGAUGUUAUACAACAGUUGAGUAAGGAGGGCUGGCAGGGGACAGAGCCUUUUAUGGCGGUGGAAGUCCAAAAUGCACAGCCUGGUGACUGGAUUCAACACACUGCCCAUCAUGAUCUGGAGUCGUUCUAUUACGUAUUGCUGGCCAUGUGUGUCUUGAUGGUAAAGCCGUAUGAGAUAAAAGAUGCAGAUGCUAAAGAAAAGGACGACAUCAAGAAAUGGCUAAAUCCCGAGUUCACUUCAAUGUUUACCCGCUCUGACGCUGCUUUCCACAAGUAUCAGACCAUCGAAGAUUUCUUGAAAAGAAUGUAUCUGAAUACUUCGCCUUUAUGA